GUCAGAUGGAGACAGUCUGCUAUUGGCAUGCACUGAAGUGAAAUGGGUUUUUAAUAGAAAGGACUCUCCACCCUUUAAAGCAUCUUGUGCUCUUUUUAGUGUUUGUCACUCUAGAUGGAGAGCCAGAGGAGGGAGGGUCAGUGGGAGACCAAGGGAGCGAUCGUGAUAGAAGAAGCUUGGCGGAUGAAAUGAGAGGAAGAAGGUUGCAGUCUAGUUGUGCUGGAAGAUCAUAUUCUGUUUUUUCUUUUUUUUUUUUUCCUUUCCUUUCCAUGCAAGCAGUUUCUUUCCUGUUGUAACUGUGACAGUGAGCCAGGUUGAGAGAGCUUCUCUUUCUUCUCAGCCUGCAGGAUCUCCCUUUUCAGAUAAUGAUCAGUGUUGAGACACUUUCGUUGGAUCUCUUCAAUAAUUUCCACCUAUUUGAGGAAAAGUGAAAAGGAGAUUUAAUGAAUCAAUAUUCGCUAGCCGAUGCCAUGACUGACAAGGGAAACUUAACAGUUCCAAAGCUGUCAGAGUCUAAUAUGGGGUUUGGUGUGCUGGGAGUGUUUCUGGGGCUGCUCCUGGAGGUCUCCACCCAUGGACCCCAUGCCGUGCCACGAACUUCCUGGAAGCAGCAGGAUUUAGAUCUGAUGGAGUUUUCAGAGCCGGGCAUCUUCAACUACUCGACGCUACUGCUUAAUGAGGAAAGAGAUGCGCUGUAUGUGGGAGCGAGGGAGGCCAUCUUUGAGCUCAGUAAGAAGAAUGUGACCAUCAGAAACAAGAAGGUUCUGUGGAGGGUUUCAGAGCAACCCAUGGCAAUGUGCACGCUCAAAGGGAAAUCAAAAGAGAGAGACUGUCUAAACUACAUUCGGGUGCUCCAAGUUGUAGACGAUGAGCGGCUUUAUGUCUGUGGCACACAUGCUUUUCAACCUCAGUGUGAUUACUUGAAUCUUGGUGAGUUUUCUUUGGAGGGUCAGCCUGAAGAUGGCAGAGGGAAGUGCUCCUUUGACCCCUCACAAAGCUUUACCACUGUAAUGGUCGAUGGGGAGCUGUACUCUGGGACAGCUUAUAAUUUCUUAGGAAGUGAACCAAUUAUUUCCAGAUACUCCCCACCCCACUCUCUGCUGAGGACUGAGUACUCCACAUCAUGGCUCAAUGAACCCAGUUUUGUCUUUGCUGAUGUGAUCAGAGAAGGGAAAAACAAAGCAGAUGGUGAGGAUGACAAAAUCUACUACUUCUUCACUGAGGUGUCAGUAGAAUAUGAAUUCUUUGGCAAGCUGCUCAUCCCCCGUGUGGCUCGCGUCUGUAAGGGGGAUCUUGGGGGGCAGCGCACUCUGCAGAAAAAAUGGACAUCCUUUCUGAAAGCCAAGCUGGUGUGCUCUAUGCCUGAGCUCAGUUUCGUUUUCAAUGUGGUGCAUGACGUUUUCAUCCUGAAGGGGAGCGACUGGAGCGACACGGUCUUCUAUGGCGUCUUCACCUCUCAGUGGGGAAAUGUGGGUUUGUCCGCUGUGUGCGCCUACCACAUGACCACGGUGGAAGAAGUCUUUUCUAAGGGAAAGUAUAUGCAGAAAGCCACAGUGGAGCAAUCUCACACAAAGUGGGUACGAUACAAUGGCAUCACACCUUCUCCACGUCCUGGAGCAUGCAUUAACAACCUGAUGCGACAGCAGAACAUCAGUAGCUCACUCCACUUGCCGGACAAAACCCUUCAGUUUGUUAAGGACCACCCCCUGCUGGAGGAUCCCGUCCUGCCCAUCGGCAACAGGCCUCGCCUCAUUACCAAAGAUGUCAAUUACACUCAAAUUGUUGUGGAGAGGGUGCAAGCGCUUGACAAGAACAUUUAUGAUGUUAUCUUCACUGGGACAGAUAAAGGUGUUCUGCACAAGUCGGUACUGUUUGAAGGAGAGGUUCAUAUUGUGGAGGAAAUUCAGCUUCUGAGGAACUCUGAACCCAUCAAAAAUCUGCUUCUUUCCCCAGAGACACAAUCCCUGUAUGCUGGUUCAGACUCUGGUGUCGUCCAGUCACCAACAGCUUUCUGCAGUAAGUAUUCAUCCUGUGAUGACUGCAUCCUGGCACGAGACCCCUACUGUGCAUGGGACCCUAAAGAUGCCGCUUGUGUCAAUAUCCUUAAUUCUUCCAGCCAGCAGUUCAGGAGGCUAAUCCAGAGUCUGAAUGGGGAUGCAGAUCGGUGUCCUUCAGUGUCAGCUGUGUCUCAGAAGGACUACCAGCGUGUGACUGUGAGACUGGGGAGCUCUGCUGAUCUGCCGUGCCUAAUAAACUCCAACCUGGCCCACGUGAUGUGGAAAUCUAAUGGCUCACUUCUCACUGAGGCCUCUCGCUUCCACUUCAUAGCUGAAAAUGGGCUCCUCAUUUACAGCGUGGCUCCCGAGGAUCAAGGUUACUAUGAAUGCUGGUCUGUGGAAUGGGCCCCUGCUGCUGGAAAGAACUUUAGCCGCCUCCUAGCUGGAUACAUCCUGAGUCUGGAUCUUCCACCCAGGCCCCCACCUCAGGCAAGCCCUGUGGCCACCACACUCGGCAACCAGGAGACAAGUGGCACGCAUGCAGUUGAAGGUAAUCUUAAGACAGACAGAGUCCUACUAACUUCGGCCAGCUUCACAGCUGCAGUCGUCCUCACCUCCCCACCCCAAACUGACCUAUCACUAACCCCGCCUCCCAGCAGCACAAUCAAGUUCCAGCCAAAGCAGUACCUUCCCCCAAACUCCGUUGUUCCCCAUCCAGACAGCCAGGACCCUUCAGCUGAAUAUCUGCAGCACAACAAUAGUAUGGCCCUCCUCUUCCUCUUUCUACUGUUUUUCCUCCUCUUUUUGGCUGCAAUGGUGUACAACUGUCACAUGCAGUACCUUCCAGCUCCCUGCCUGAGACUGCGAGCUGCUCUGCUGGGCAGCCACAAGAGCGCCCAUCAACCUGAGUACAGAGCCUGCGAAGCGGGUUUGAUGGAAGCAUCUGCCAUGGACAAAAUCAACAUGACUGAACAGCCGAUGCAGAACGGAAGUCAAACCACACAAAACCUGCGGGCGCUCCGUGACACUGGGUACGAGACUGAGCCAGAGUGCGGCAACGGCCAAGUGCCCUCUCAUAGCUUUGGAGGCGACAGCCCAUCACAGGAGAAACCUUUUGAUGUGGACUGUGACUCUCAGUCCAUCCAGUUUGCAGAUGCAGAUGAACCUUGUUGUUAGCUAUAAACUGUUUUCUGUGCUGAAGCUGUAGGUCACACUCUGGCUGCAUCUGCACAGCUCACAUCUGUAUGAAAGUUUGUCCAGUGUAUAGCAUCAAGCUCAAUUUAAUCAUCAUGAGGCUUAAGUUGAGCAUCCUGCUUAGCUGUGAAGCUUUAACUCCUGCAGUCUGAUUUAAGGUGAUGAUUCUCAUACUUUCAGCUUAGUCCAGCAAGAAAAGCUAUUUCUUACAUUCCAAAUUGGAAACAUUGUUUACCAAAUUGGUAAGUUACUCUGAUGUUUUCCAAAUUGGACUGAUAUUUCUGUAUAGCCUGAGUGACAAUUAAUCUCUUGAAGUGUUUGCAUCUUUUUUGUUUUGCUAUCUAAUUGGCUGUAAAAGCUUCAGCAUUAUAGUGAUUUCUCAGGGAAGAGUUGCUGUUUGUUAUAGCUUUGCUUUGUCGUACAGUGUUGUCAUCUACAGCCAAAUGGUGUGUGAUGUGGCAUAAUUUGAAGAUCAGGAGAGAGGAAUAGAAGUGGACAUGUGACAGAUGGAUAAUUUGAAGAUCAGGAGAGAGGAAUAGAAGUGGACAUGUGACAGAUGGCUGGAUUUAAAUACUGGAAUGUAUCAAACCACUGACUUGUGAGAAGUAGCACUGCUGCACUCUUGUUUGUUUUUUAAUUUUUAUUCCUACCUGUGAAGGCGACAUUCCUGAUGAAUCCUGUGUGUUAACCUUUAUUAAAUAAUCUGUUUAUUAAAUAGAAAUGUACAGUUUGACCUGAAGCUUGAUAAUAGAGCCCUGGAAAAAUCUGAAGUUUUUCUUUUGUUAUUGUUUUUAUUAAACUUUGAGUUUUCUAACAUUUUCAUUUCAUUAUUUAAGGUGACAGAUCUGUGGUAAUGUCAUUUUGUCUAUUCCAUAAGUAGUAGUGAAUUUUCCUCUUUUUUUAUUUAUUGCACCAGCUCGGAUUUUUAGAUCAUUAGUUUUCUUUGCAUGUCACACACUUGUUUAGAUUAUUCUCAACCCUUUUUUUCCCCCAUCACCCCUUCUCACAGCUGCCUCUCCUAUCGACACUUCAUCCUUCCCGUUCUCCUCUGGAAGUAGCUCUCGCUCUCGCUCUGCCCUCCCAUCCUCCUCUUCUUCCUCUUCUUCUUCUACCCAGCCCCACAAUGUGGGGACUCGAGAGGCAGAGGUGA